AUGGCAUUAAAAACUUGCUUCUUCUUUUUCAUGAUAUUAUGUUAUUGUAACAUUAUAAUAAGCCAAGCCAAUAAUAUUCCAAAAUUCACAUCCAUUUUAGUAUUUGGUGAUUCAUCAGUUGACACUGGAAAUAACAACCAUAUUGACACUAUAGCUAAAGGCAAUCAUUUACCAUAUGGUCAAGAUUUCACAAACCAUAUCCCAACAGGAAGAUUUUCUAAUGGAAAAUUAGUGCCAGACAUGUUGUCAAUUUCAUUAGGUCUCAAAAAAAAUGGUGUUCCUCCCUAUUUACAACGCGAUUUGUUGAAAAACGACUUGAUUACUGGAGUAUGUUUUGCAUCUGGUGGAACAGGAUAUGAUGAAUUAACUAGUACAAUAUCUGGAGUAAUUUCUAUGAAGGAAGAGUUAGAAUAUUUCAAGGAAUAUUUGAGUAAAAUUAAAGAUAUUGUUGGAGGAAAUAGUAGUGAAGUUGAAAGAAUAGUGAAUGGUGCUUUGGUUAUUGUUAGUGCUGGUACUAAUGAUUUGAUAUUUAAUUUUUAUGAUUUACCUAAUAGAAGACUUCAAUUCAGCUUGAGUGGCUACCAAGAUUUUCUACUUGACAAAGUCCAAAGUUUUAUCAAGGUUAAUACUACUUACUCUAAUCUAUCGUUAAUUCGUACCUAA